CGCUCAACAAAUUCGUUAGUUUCUCUAUUUCAUGCUCGUUUCGUGCUGGAAAUACUUGUACAUAUCCAUUACCCUUGCCAUUGCCAGCGCCAACGCCACUGUUGCCAUUGUGUUUGCCAGUCCCAUUGUCAUUGCCACUAUUGCCAUUGUUGUUGCCGCUAUUGCUACUGCCACUGCCACUAUUGCCAUUGUUGUUGCCGCUAUUGCUAUUGCCACAUCCACUAUUACUAUUGCCAUUGCCACUAUUGCCAUUGUUGUUGCCGCUAUUGCUACUGCCACUGCCACUGCCACUAUUGCCAUUGUUGUUGCCGCUAUUGCUAUUGCCACGUUCACUAUUACUAUUGCCAUUGUUGUUGCCGCUAUUGCUAUUGCCACUGCCACUGCCACUGCCACUAUUGUCAUUGUUGUUGCCGCUAUUGCUAUUGCCACUGCCACUACUGCCAUUGUUGUUACCGCUAUUGCCACUGCCACUAUCAAUAUUGUCAUUGUCGUUGUCGUAGCCCUUGCCAUUGGUUGCUGCAGUAGUAAUGUGAAGGUAACUAAGUCCCAAAAUCAUCAACAACAACAAAGUCAUAGAUGUCAGUACUACUUUUUUUGCCAUGGUUUAACUAUAAGUUUGCAAAUAAAACUGUGAUGAUGGGGAAAAAAAUGAAAUUAACCACUUUUGUUGAUGUUGUGUUUGCUUCAAUAACAUUAAUUAGUUCAGUGUUUAUAUAGAAAAAAUUUAACAAUUAGUGUAUGAUUUGGCCUAAUUGUUAAUUAAGAGAUUCCUUAGUUUGCCUCGAA